GUCGGCUCUCUACAUACGUAUCUGAUCCAAAGAUCUCUCUGAUUCUGACCAAUCAUGGUCCCUUAAUGGACUCCAAGGCUUCAGCCACAAUUGCCAUCCAUGAAGUUGCUUCAUGUUCAUCGGUUUUCACAAUUUCCGGCACUUUUCAGGCUCAUCGUGUCGCCUAUUUUGGCGGGUACCGAAAUCCAUUAGGUGACUGAGUUAAACUUUUUAGUGUUCACUGCAUAAUACCAGCGAAACGCUAAUAAGGAGCUGGAGAUAUGGGGGACAAAGACGGUGCUGAAACCUUUGAUGACGCCGUUGAAGAGCGUGUGAUAAACGAAGAGUACAAAAUAUGGAAGAAGAACACCCCAUUUUUGUACGAUCUUGUUAUGACCCAUGCACUGGAGUGGCCAUCACUAACAGCUCAGUGGUUACCCGAUGUAACAAGACCCGAGGGUAAAGACUACUCUGUUCAUCGUCUGAUUCUUGGCACUCACACCUCCGACGAGCAGAAUCACCUCCUAAUAGCGAGUGUUCAGCUUCCAAAUGAGGAUGCUCAGUUCGAUGCGUCUCAUUAUGACAAUGAGAAGGGAGAAUUUGGUGGUUUUGGAUCUGUCAGUGGAAAGAUUGAAAUAGAAAUCAAGAUCAAUCACGAAGGAGAGGUGAACAGGGCUCGUUACAUGCCCCAGAAUCCUUGUGUUAUUGCUACCAAGACACCUUCGAGCGAUGUCCUCGUCUUCGAUUACACGAAACAUCCCAGCAAGCCUGAUCCUAAUGGAGAAUGUCAUCCUGAUCUUAGAUUACGUGGACAUCAGAAGGAAGGCUAUGGUCUCUCCUGGAACCCCAACUUGAAUGGAUAUUUGUUGAGUGCAUCUGACGAUCACACUAUUUGCCUCUGGGAUAUAAACGCAACUCCUAAGGAAAAUCGUGUUAUUGAUGCUAAAACGAUUUUUACCGGUCACACUGCCGUCGUCGAGGAUGUCGCCUGGCAUUUGCUUCACGAGUCGCUGUUUGGAUCUGUUGCUGAUGAUCAGAAGCUCAUGAUAUGGGAUACUCGAUGCAACAAUACCAGUAAACCCAGCCACACUGUGGAUGCACACACAGCGGAAGUCAAUUGUCUCAGCUUCAAUCCCUACUCAGAGUUCAUUCUCGCAACUGGAAGUGCCGAUAAAACUGUUGCCCUUUGGGACUUGCGAAAUUUGAAAUUGAAACUUCACUCGUUUGAGUCACACAAGGACGAGAUCUUCCAGGUUCAGUGGUCACCGCACAAUGAGACAAUUCUCGCCAGCAGUGGCACUGAUCGUCGUCUCCAUGUCUGGGAUCUCAGUAAAAUUGGUGAGGAACAGUCUAGCGAGGAUGCAGAAGAUGGACCACCAGAACUUUUGUUCAUCCAUGGUGGACACACAGCUAAAAUCAGUGACUUCUCGUGGAAUCCGAAUGAGCCAUGGGUUAUCUGCUCAGUCUCUGAAGAUAAUAUAAUGCAGGUGUGGCAGAUGGCGGAGAAUAUUUACAACGAUGAGGAGCCUGAUACACCCGCCAGUGAGCUUGAGGCUGGUGCUUCAUAAAUUUAUGAUUAUUGACGUUAUUAUUUCACUUGGGGCUUUGAAAAAAUCGCAGAAUGUGAGAAUUUAAUUCGGAACAGGGGUGAUUAAGUCGUUUUCCCUAUGGUCGUCAUUCGAUCGAAUCAAAAAUCACUGCAGUAAAUUUAAUAUUUGAUACAUUUUUAAACUUUAGAAGGAGAUGCGAAGUAGUAGCGGAUUUUUCCGUAAGUAUGUUAUAUUCAUUCAUACAUUGGAUAAUUAAGGGUUAAGCAACUGUUUAAAUCAAUCCUGCGAUUAAUUAUUGUUCUAAUUGACGAUUAGGACCCCGGCUCACAAUAUUUUAUUUGAUUUUCAUGCUCACGGCAGUUUAUUCUUUUUCUUUCUGCAGUUCAAAACUAAUGUAAUCCGAAUAUUUUUUCUACUUAGUUCAUAAGUCUUUUUGUAAUAAGAUGCGUAAUGGACUGAAUCGCAUAUUCCAAUUGCGAAUACUACUUUCCACCCAAUUUCAAUUUGAAAUAAAGAACAUGAAUUAUA